AGAAAUUGGAAUGUUACGUGAUUCUGCAAUAGCUGAAAAUAGUAUUGCUCAAGUGUCUACAACUGGUGUAGUUGAAUCGACUACACGUAUUGCUCGACGUGCAAAUCGUAUCCUUCAAGUGAUUACACGUGAAGCUGAUAACAGUGAGGAUACAUUGUAUGUUGAUCAGAUGAAUGAUGCUGUCAAAGCGUUAAGAUCAACUAUUACACCAAUGGUAAAUGAUGCUAAAGGCUUAGUGACAAAUAUUGAAGAUCCACGUGUACAUGAACAAUGGCGUCAAUCAAAUCGUAAUUUACUAACUGCUGUCAAAUCAGUUAAACAAACUGUCAUUCCAUUACUGAAUAAUCCAAUCGCUUAUUAUCAUGAACAUUAUAACUCAGUAUUGUAUGGGCAUAAGAAUGGAGUGAACGAUACUACUAGUCAUGCUACUAACAGUAGUAGUAAUAGUUCAAAGGAUAAUAAUAAUAAUAAUAAUGAUAGUGUCUCAUCAUCGAAAUCAUCUCACCUUUCCAAUAAUCAUAUCACCUCUUCAAUACCUAUCCAUGAAAUGCAAAGAAUAACUAUUACAGAUGUUUCACAUAUACCACCGCCUCCAUAUAGUGAUAGUAAUAAUAAUCAUAAUAUUAAUAAUAGUUAUUGUACAUCAUACUAUAGUCAUAAGCCUAUUUAUGAGAUUAAGUUAUGCAAUCCUACACAUCAACAGCAAAAAUUUGUUGCUAGCCCUUCAGCUUACACAUCUUCGAUACAUUCAUAUCCACAACAGUAUCAUCGAGCACAUCAUUGCUAUCAACAUGAACCCCUAGCACCAGGACAGCAACAACAACAACAACAGUCUAGUUCACGUCAUCAAUUGUAUUCACCUCAUCAUCAAUACACCGGUGGUAAUGUGCAUUCACCACCGCCGUAUUACCAACCAUCAGGGCAAUCACAUCAUGGUGAUGAUGAUUGUCGACAACAUCAGUCACAUCAAGACCAACAACAUUAUUCUCAUCAAACAACUUCAUAUGUAAAGAGACGAAAUGAUGACUACACGGGUUCAGAACAAUCCUCUGAAGUUGCUUCGCCUAUAUCGUCUGUUACUGUACCACCUCCAAGACUAUGUACACCUGAUACUGAAGUUGAUGAAGAAUUCAAUUUUCCACCACCAGAAGAAAAUCAACCAAUUAUGGCAGCUGCACAUGCAUUACAUCAUGAAACUCGAUUAUGGUCAAGUCGUGACAAUGAAUUGAUUGCAGCAACUAAACGUAUGGCUGCUUUAAUGGCUCAACUUAGUCAAAUUGUUCGUGGUGAAUAUGGGACAAAAAAAGAUUUGAUCAAUGUUUCAAUGGCGAUUGCAGAAGCUUCAUUGGAUGUGAAUCAAUGCGCUAAAGUAUUAGCUAAAGAGUGUACAGAUCGUCGUAUACGUUCAAAUCUCCUACAUUUAAGUGAUCGUAUUCUAACUAUUGGAAAUCAAUUGAAAAUUCUAUCAACUGUCAAAGCAACUAUGCUUGGUACACAAGGCUCUACAGAAGAUCAAGAGAAUACAGAAUCUUUAGUUGGUAAUGCUCAAAAUUUAAUGCAAACUGUUAUUGAAGCAUUACAUGUUGCUGAAGGUGCAAGUAUUAAAAUGCGUGUUCAUAGUGGUCAUAAAUUUAUUUGGCAUCCACGUGUGAAUACAACAAAUUUUAGUCAAUUUAAACAACAACAACAACACCAAAAUCAGCAAAUACAUUCAGUUGUACGUUAAUAUGACCUGUUCAAAAUGCGCGGUAUCAAUUCAGUUCAAUAUUCAAUGUUCAAUAGUUAAAUAUUAUCCUUUUCCCAUAUACUUAUACAUAUAUAUUGUAAAUAUGUGGAUUAUUGGCCAAAUAAACUGAUGGAUAUGCAUAGAAAGUUUGCUUUUUUCAUUCUCUUUGCCUUUGUUUUUCUUCCUUUUUUAAUUAUUACAAUUGGUCAUCUCUAUAAACUGUGUAAUUGAAUAACUUUAAUUUGUAUAUUGAUAAUUUUUCUUGUAAUUUAAAUAUUUACUUCAUUGGAUAAUGUUUUGUUGAACAAUUUUCGAUUGUUGUUUUGCAUAUACAUUUAGUUACCUUCAGUCUGCUUAAUCGGUGUGUUUUUAUCGUAUGAGAAUGAUUCUUGGUGUGUGUGUGUGUGUGUGUGUGUGUGUUGACAGGGCGAAGAGGAUGGGUUGAAGAUUAGUUCUAUUUCACAUUUCGUUUUAUGCUUUAUGAUCUCGCCUAUUCACUUCGAUUUGAUCAAUUUGUAUUUUAUUUGUGCUUUAGUACAAUUCUUUCUUUCGAUUCUGAAAAAAAACGGGGUAAUUUUAAAGUUUUGUAACCAUAGAACAAAAACUUAUGUGUAUACACCUGUAUGUGUAUGUGUUGGUUAACUCCCAGGUUUCUGUGUUGUUUUUUUUUGCUUAGUACAGUUUGCAUAUUUAUGAAUGAUAAAGGUUAUACAGAUGUCCGACGACCGUGCAGAAGGUGAAUCCAGUUUCAUCUUGAUAUGUGUGUGCGUGUGUAUAGAUUUGCAAUUUAGGCGCCAAUUCAUAUGAGAAUUAAGUUAUACGCACUAAUUCAUUUGCUUCAUUUUUGUCUUUUUUAUUUGUAUUCUCUUAAAAAUCUAUUAAUUUCGAUGAUGAUGGUGAUGAUAAAUUGGCUUGUUCCGUUCAUCUG